AUGUCUGAGAGAGAAGCAUUCUGGGUACAAACAGAAGACUGGCACACCGCCGGCGAGCCCUUCCGCAUCAUCUCGGAUCUACCACCCCACUGCACCACCACAGGAAACACAGUAUGGGAACGUCGCCUCAACAUCAUAAACCAGCCAAAUCAUCCUCUGGAUGUUCUACGCCAAUCUCUCUGCCAUGAACCAAGAGGCCAUGCAGAUAUGUAUGGAGGUUUCAUCGUUCCUCCCAACGACUCUGGUGCCCAUUUCGGUGUCCUGUUCUGGCAUAGAGAUGGAUUCUCUACGGCUUGUGGUCAUGGAACUAUCGCGUUGGGACGAUGGGCCAUAGCCAAAGGACUGGUAGAGUCUGUCCAGGAUGGCUCGGUCGAAGUCAAAAUCGACGUGCCUUCUGGCAGAGUGACCGCAGAGGUCAACUUCGAAAACGGCAAAGUGGUACAUGUGAACUUCAUCAACGUUCCCAGUUACCAAUUUGCCAAAGAGCUGCCUGUAAACAUCUCUCUACCUGGCUCAGAGUCUCUACAACUUAAAGUCGAUCUCUCUUGGGGAGGAGCCACUUGUGCAUCCGUCGAUGCUCGUGCUGUCGAUAUGGAGAUCAAGCCGUCCAAUGCUCAACGCUUUAUCGAGGUUGCCCGACAGGUCAAGGCUGAGGUUGGAGUACGUGGAGAGCACAAAGACACUUCUCUAUACACCAUCGUUUUCUUUGAGACACUCAGCGAAACCGACGAGGCUAUUGAACAGAGAAACGUCACUGUAUAUGCAGAAGGCGCAAUCGACAGAUCUCCCUGUGGCAGUGGCACUGGCGCUCGAGUGGCUACUUUGUUGGCACAGGGGAAGUUGAACGGGAACAAGAAACUCAUCCAUCAUUCCAUCAUCAACACUACUUUUGAAGCUAGGGUUGUUUCUCAACAGCAGGAUGAGGGUUCACAGUUCCCAACUUGCAUACCAGAGGUCAGAGGAAACGCCUAUCUGACUGGCCGUCACAACUUCUUCAUCGAUCCAAGCGAUCCCACAUUCCCUGGCUUCUUCCUCAAAUAG